UAGGGGUGAUUAAAUGCGGAUGAAGUCGUGAAUGCGUUACCUUUCGCAUUUGUAAUUGCCGAGAUAAGCAGUAAAUCAAAACUGCAAACGAAUUGAAUAUACUUGGCAGUGAAGAACUUUAUUGUAAUUCAUAAGGAAACCACAAGGAAAACAUUCGAAUCAAAUCUGAGUUUGGAUGCCCAUGUAUUACUGACAUUAUUAGACUUGAAUAACUGAUUGUGUUAAGUUGAAGUGUAAUACUGGGUGCUUCAGUUCCAAUUUAUAUAUGACAAAAUGCAAAACGUAGAUCAUACAAUGCGGAGUGGAUUUAAUUCAUCGGGAUGUAUGGUGUGUCGACUGUCUGUCCCUUAUAAUGAAAAUGAAUCACACGUUCCUUUCCUGGAAUGCGGAGAUCACAUCGAAAUUCUAAUGAAAAAUCAACUGACUUAUCACCACGCUAUUGUAGAAGAAUUCGAAUACUUGGGUGAUGGAAAAGGCAAGAUCAAAGUGAUUGAUGUAAGUAAGAAAAAAAAAAAAAAAAAAAAAAAGGCAGACCGUUGUGCGGCUGGGCAAAAUAACGACAAAAACCAGAGCAAUAAUCCUAACUUCGAAAAACGUGAAUGCGUCCCUAUAAUCAGUUCUAAUAGAGACAAUUGUUCAAAUUAUAAGAGUGUAGGCAAAACAAAUUGUGCCAUUAAAAUGGAAGAAGAAAAAUGCCCUCCAUCCAGGUCUAAUACAGAAAAUAAUAUUACAAAUGAAUCUACUGCGCGGGAUACAACGUCUGCAAACUGCGCUCAAACAGGAACGAGUACAAAUGAAAUAACCCAAACUAUCCCUGAAAGCAAAACAAUGCAACAAGGAGGAUGCAUGAAAAUUCGAAGACGUUCUUAUAAAUCCAAUAAAAAGGAAAAAACAAUUAAUCUUAAAAAUGUGCGACGUGUGGACUACCAAAAACGGAAAUUCAAUAAAAAGGAGACAUUUGAAAGAGCUAAACAAUAUUAUGAACUUCACAAGAAACGUGUCGAAUUAUUUACCACCCAAUCCUCAAAAAGAGAGUCAUUAACUGGUGAUGAAGGUUCUACUCGGAAGAAACUUAAUUCGCUAUUGAGGUACAAUCUUUUUGUUCAGAACUGCGAACAUUUUGCUGCCGCAUGCGUAAAUGGAGAUGAUUGUAAGCAGGACAUUUUUUUAGACAAGAGCACAUCCUUGCAGGCAUUCCGCUGUUUUAGGAAUGCAGUUCAUGUUUUUUUUGUUUUAUGCAUGACCAUAGCAAACGUACUUAAUGUGUUAAUUUACACCCAGUUUGUCGAAAAGCCGGGUUCGUUCAAACAUUUACAACGGUUUUCUUUUUGUGUUAUUAAUGAGGCUGGAAAGCUCAAUACGGAUUGCGACUGGUCGGUAGCAUCAAUUUAUUUAGUAAUAAUUUUCGUUACUCUCUCCGUAUCGUAUACAUAUGUACACAUGAAAAGAUCUGAGUGUUAUUUGUGUUACAGUGCAAAUAUUUAUGUUUUGUUUGUUAAGAGUUUUUUAAUUUAUUUAUAUGAAGUGGCAAAUAUAUCUACAGAAAAAUUCUGGUCAUUUUUGAUUGCCAAAUACAGCGUUGGUAUUUUGUUUUUUUAUGUAUGUUUCAUGCUUCUACAGUCGUUUGCGGUAUAUUUCCUAAUUAUCAACUACAUUGAGCCCUUAAUAUUAUCGAGGUAUGUGUCCAUGUAUUCUUAUGUUAAUGGUCUACUUGUUGCGAGAUUCUCUUCCGUCAAAAGGAUAAACCAACCACUGUAACAAAUGAAGAUCACUUUAUUCGUCAACUUCACACUAAAUGUGAUGAAAGUGUUAUACAUAAAAUCUAUACAUUUCAUAUUGUUAUUUACAAUCAAUAGCUAGAUAGCAAACUAUUCAUACAGUUACACAUGUUGACUGGUAAUAAACAAUUUAAAGCUAUUUGUAAUAUGGUAAUAUAACAACAUAUUUUUAUAAACAUUUCUGAAAGAUAUGAUAACUAAUUAUAAAAAGUAAAACUAACCUGAAUGAAGAUCACUUUAUUCCUCAACUUCACACUAAAUGUGAUGAAAGUGUUACGAAGAAUAGUGGUCAUGGUAUGUUCACUCAUGCGUUACAGGCUGAUAACAAUUGGAUUAGUACUGGGGAAUGAUUAUUUGUUAAAUUAAUUGAAAGCUUUGAUCGACGGACUAUAAAACACUGUAACUGUAAAUGUUACCCUAUGGCAUGUAAUUAUCUCCUUAUGAAAACGUUAAUGAAUAUAAAGAAAAUGCAGUUAACAAUUAUUUAUUGAAAUUUAAGUAGUUUAUAUGAAUACGACUUUCUUCCUAUGCUUUCCGAUGCAAGUCUCGCGUUCGCUCGUAAAAUGUUCGGAUAUUGUUGCGGGAAAUAAACAUGGACUAUAUCGUCGAAAAACAAACACGAGAAUUUUGUAUCUCGCUUAAACUAUUUUACCAUACCGCAUACAGCGUUGAAAUUUUGGCUAUUGCUAUAAUGAACACUGAUUCUUUAUGGGCUCAGUGUGUGGAUUUUGAGUAUAUAUGUUACUUUAAGUGAAAACUGUCAAGACCUAUAUCACAAAAGAGGCUUUUUUAAAUUUUCGAAACCGUAAUUUCCUGUCCUAAGAUGGGAAGAUGCAAAUGCAUUUUUGCAGAAUGUAUGUAAAGUAGGUAAUUGUACGUUUAAUGACGGAUGUGUGAUACCGCACUGUUAACAAUUGUACUGACGUUCAUUCAGAAAAUUGUGAUUAAUUAUUUUAAACAGCUUUAUGAUUGUACAGCUUCAUAAAAAUAGUCUAUAACAUAAAUAAUAUGGGAAAAAAGAUUAUUCUUAUUACACAGCGAUAUUGUUCAAGAGGCUUGUUUACACCUUGCUACCACACAAUAUUAUAAAAGAAAUAUUACACAGCAAUACGCGUCAGUGCAAAUGAGUUUUCAUAUGUAUACGCUUAUAAUAUAAUAGUUUCGAUGCACAUAUUUUCAAGUGAUGUUUUCAAUACAUGUCUAGAAUAAAAUCAUUGUGGUAAUUAGCAAUUUAUGAAUUAAAUAGUUAGUACAAUAUUGAUAAAUAAAUUUGCAAUUUUGAUAUUAAACAGUGUCAGUAUCCACAAAGAUGGAAUUUAUGUAUAUACCGAUUUGAGUAGUAUUGUUGAAAAAAUAUGUACUUGAUGGUUUUAGUGAAGUGGUUUACUUAAAAUACAACUUAUGGAAUACAUGGUUUCAGUGAGAUGAGUAUCUAAUUCUGCAGUUUUUGUAAUAGUUCGUUAGUGAUAAGUUGUUAAAUAUAUAUAUGCAAUAUAUGAAUUAAAUGGCUAGGGUGGCAUUGUUAUACAAGUAUGCAAUUUAGGGAUUUCAUGUUUUGUAUGACAUUGUUAUGCAAGAAUGCAAUUAAGUGAUUUAAUGAUUGUUUUAGUAGUGUGAUGUAAAUAUGCAAUUUAUGCAAAUAUUUAAUUCAUUAUGAUUUUUAUGCCCCCGAAUGAGGGCAUAAAGUGAUCGAACUAUCCGUCCGUCUGUCCGUCUGUAUGUCCAUCUGUCCGUCUUUCCGUCACACUUUGCGUUUAGGUUUCGAAAAAUGCUCAUAACGUCUAUGUCCCUUGAGAUAUAACCUUCAUAUUUGGUAUGCAUGUGUAUAUGGACAAGGCCUUCCCAUACGCACAAAAAAUUUGACCCCUGUGACCUUGACGUUGAACUUAGGGUCCGCGUUUAGGUUUCGAAAUCUGUGUUAAGUUUCGAAAUUUGCUCAUAACUUCUAUGUCCCUUGAGAUGUAACCUUAAUAUCUGGUAUGCAUGUGUAAAUGGACAAGGCCUUUCCAUACGCACACAAAUUUUUACCCCUGUGACCUUGAAGGUGAACUUAGGGUCCGCGUUUAGGUUUCGAAAUCUGUGUUAAGGUUUCGAAAAAUGCUCAUAACUUCUAUGUCCUUUAAGAUAUUACCUUCAUAUUUGGUAUGCAUGUUUAUAUGGACAAGGCCUUUCCAUACGCAAAAAAAUGUUGACCCCUGUGACCUUGACGGUGAACGUAGGGUCUGCGUUAAGGUUUCGAAAUCUGCGUUUAGGUUUCGAAAAAAUGGUCAUAACUUCUAUGUCCCUUGAGAUAUAACAUUCACAUUUGGUAUGCAUGUGUAUAUGGACAAGGCCUUUCCAAACGCACACAAAAUUUGACCCCUGUGACCUUGACCUUGAACAAAGGGUCCGCGUUUAGGUUUCGAAAAAUGCUCAUAACUUCUAUGUCCCUGGAGAUAUAACCUUAAUAUUUGGUAUGCAUGUGUAUAUGGACAAGAAUUUUCCAUACGCACAAACAUUUCGACCCCUGUAACCUUAACCUUUAACUAAGGGUCCGCGUUAAGGUUUCGAAAUCUGCGUUUAGGUUUCGAAAAAUGCUCAUAACUUCUUUGUCCCUUGAGAUAUAACCUUCAUAUUUUGUAUGCAUGUGUAUAUGGACAAGGCCUUUCCAUACACACAAACAUUUUUACCCCUGUGACCUUGACCUUGAACUUACGGUCCGCAUUUAGGUUUUGAAAUCUGCGUUUAGGUUUCGAAAAAUGUUCAUAACUUCUAUCAAAGCGUUUAUAGGGGGCAUAAGUCAUCCUAUGGUGACAGCUCUUGUUUUGAGUUGUAUUACUUUAGAAUAGUAUGUUUAUGUAUUGAAUGAUUUGCGUGGCCUUUUGAUACAAAUAUGUCAAUAUGUAUAUAUUAGUUUGAGUAAUAUUGCUAUUCAAAGAUGUACUUGUGGUGUUGAAUUGUUUGGUGUGCAGUGUUAUACAAGUAUUCGAUUUGAGUGGCAUAGGUAUACAAAGGCAAUUCAAGUAUUCAAUUAUUUAUGUGACAUUGUUAAAGAAAUAAGCAAUGUGCGGUGUACAUUAUGUAGCUUGUGUUACUUUGUAUUAAAUCAUUGACUUUUAUUGGUUAACAAUGUAAUAUGCAAUUAAAAUAUAAAUUUAUU